ACUUCUGUGUCAGUUAAACAGAUCAGUACAUAGAUGCAAAUUUGGACUGGCUAGUGUAGGUCACCGCUUGAGUAUCCGGGUACGACAAUUUAGGCGUGGUCACGAGUCUAACCUGCGUAACGAGCUCAACGACUCACUCGAAAGUGAACGGGUUUCUUACCCUACAACGGAGCUGUAAACGCUUCCUACAACGAGAGUUUGGUUACAUUUGUGCUAGACAGUUCUCUGGAGGAUGGGGCGAGUGGAAACAAAGAUGCGUUCUAUCAACUUGAGUCUAGCAUUGAUACUUGUUCUAGUCUUACCACUUUUCAAGGUGGAUGAGAUGAUGCUGUCUGAAGCCAUUGCUGCAUUGUUUUCGUGGCUGUGUUUGUGCCAUGUUCCCACCAGUAGCGUCAAAAUGAUGUCUGCCACCCAGUUUGGCGGUGUUCUCUUGUUGCAUGGUUCAGUCUGCAGCCGUGAUGCUAAUUACUUGCUCAACAACUUGUCGACUUACAUUCAAACAGGCCCACGCCAUCCACAUAUUCAACUCGAUGGUAGUCAAUUAUCUCACUUUUCUUAGACAUUGUCCCACUGCAGUGCAGAAUGGAGACUCACGCUGUGUUUGGGAUAAAGGCAUCAAAACUGUUAUGAGCUGCUCCAUGGAAACAACCACCACGUCUUUGUUUCCAACCGAUUUAUUUCAAGAAAAUGUUGAAAGCUCGAGGUCUCUGCUACAGAUUGGGUUGGUGUCAGGAAUAGGAGAAGUGGCAGUCAUAUUUGUUUUUGCAUUUAUGUAUAUUCUUCACUUUCACGUGCAUGCAGAUCGGAAUCCUAAGUCUAGAUGUCAGGAUAAACAUACUCGUGCAGUCAAACCAACAGAGGGCAUGUCAAGCAUAACUGAUUUGAUUUCUAAUAGUCAGACAUAUGACUGCAAUGUACGUGCCAGUACUGUUGAAUUCUCUGACUACCAGGUGUAGCAUAUGAAAAGGAUCGAAAGCUUUUUCUGAAUGGAAGGUUGCAUGCAGUCAUAGGACUCACUAGAAUGCAUGCUCUAGAUAUUCUAUAGCCAGUAAGUCACACCACUUCUGCAGCUAAACUAGAAAAUGAAGGUCACAGCUAGCCGUUAAGCUUGAACCCCAUCAUUAUAUAUUCUGCAGGUAGCCAGAAUACCUUAGUAAAUAGAUUUGUUAUACUUUCAUGUUUUUUUUGCGUUGAGUUGAUGACACUAGUAUACGUAGAAUAUGAUCAUUUGUGUUCCUAAAUUAAAUUAUUUAUUGUAUCUAUGCAGUCAAGUAGAUUGGAAAGUAUACGAUUUUGUGUGUUACUGCUGUUUUACAUGAACUUUGUGUAUGAAAGUUGCACACUGUUGUUAGUCGAAAAAUAAACUUUGAGCAGUUAGAUGUCUACAGAGACUGCGGCAGAGCUAGCACUCAUCACAACGUGCACGCAUGCACCAUUAGCACAGAUUGUCUAGCAAUGACAACAUUGUGAACUGAAAAGAAAUUUGAACACAACUCU